GAGACCAGAGGUCGCCUCAGGUCAAAGUCCCUUUUUCCACACAAAGGGGCCCCAUGGCUGGCGUCUACGUUCGGGGGUGCAGAGCCAGAUCUGCUGCUGCCCCCCCGCCAACCUCGGAGUACCGCAGCACCUCCUGAUGGUCGAGCGGGACAACGCCUCCUCCCAUUUCCCCCACCUUUCUCCCCGUCCCCCUGCCCCGUCCCUCACACUGUCUCUUUAUGGGGCUGGCAGCGCCGCGGAGCGGGUAGGACUGAACCACCGGCCUCGGGCUGCAGGGGGAACAUUUCAGGCUGACUUACGCUCGUGGCUGAGACUCCCAGAGAAAACCCUGCUCAGAGGGCCAUUAGGGUCCCAGAUGGGUGGCUACGUUCCUCUGCAGAGGACCUGGGGAUCUUCGAGCCCGAAACGCGGCACCGGCACCGAGAAAGUUCCUGAGCUGGUGCCAGGCAGGUGACACCUCCUGCAGCCCCCAGCAUGCGGGCAGGCCCAGGCCCCGCCGUUACACUGGCCCUGGUGCUGGCGGUGGCAUGGGCCAUGGAGCUCAAGCCCACAGCACCACCCAUCUUCACAGGCCGGCCCUUUGUGGUAGCGUGGGAUGUGCCCACACAGGACUGUGGCCCACGCCUCAAGGUGCCACUGGACCUGAAUGCCUUUGAUGUGCAGGCCUCACCUAAUGAGGGUUUUGUGAACCAGAAUAUCACCAUCUUCUACCGCGACCGUCUAGGCCUGUAUCCACGCUUCGAUUCCGCGGGAAGGUCUGUGCAUGGUGGUGUGCCACAGAAUGUCAGCCUCUGGGCACACCGGAAGAUGCUGCAGAAACGUGUGGAGCACUACAUUCGGACACAGGAGUCUGAGGGGCUGGCAGUCAUCGACUGGGAGGACUGGCGACCUGUGUGGGUACGCAACUGGCAGGACAAAGAUGUGUACCGCCGGUCAUCACGCCAGCUGGUGGCCAGUCGUCACCCUGACUGGCCUCCAGACCGCAUAGUCAAACAGGCACAAUAUGAGUUUGAGUUCGCAGCACAGCAGUUCAUGCUGGAGACACUGCGUUAUGUCAAGGCAGUGCGGCCCCGGCACCUCUGGGGCUUCUACCUCUUUCCUGACUGCUACAAUCAUGAUUAUGUGCAGAACUGGGAGAGCUACACAGGCCGCUGUCCUGAUGUUGAGGUGGCCCGCAAUGACCAGCUGGCCUGGCUGUGGGCUGAGAGCACGGCCCUCUUCCCGUCUGUCUACCUGGACGAGACACUUGCUUCCUCCCGCCAUGGCCGCAACUUUGUGAGCUUCCGUGUUCAGGAGGCCCUUCGUGUGGCUCGAACCCACCAUGCCAACCAUGCACUCCCAGUCUACGUCUUCACACGGCCCACCUAUAGCCGCAGGCUCACGGGGCUUAGUGAGAUGGACCUCAUCUCUACCAUUGGCGAGAGUGCAGCCCUGGGCGCAGCUGGUGUCAUCCUCUGGGGCGACGCAGGGUACACCACAAGCACGGAGACCUGCCAGUAUCUUAAGGAUUACCUGACACGGCUGCUGGUCCCCUACGUGGUCAAUGUGUCCUGGGCCACCCAAUAUUGCAGCCGGGCCCAGUGCCAUGGACACGGACGCUGUGUGCGCCGCAACCCCAGUGCCAGUACCUUCCUGCAUCUCAGCACCAACAGCUUCCGCCUAGUGCCUAGCCACACACCCGGUGAACCCCAGCUGCGACCUGUCGGGGAGCUCAGCUGGGCCGACCUUGACCACCUGCAGACACACUUCCGCUGCCAGUGCUACUUGGGCUGGAGUGGUGAGCAAUGCCAGUGGGACCAUAGGCAGGCAGCUGGGGGUGCCAGUGAGGCCUGGGCUGCGUUCCACCUCACCAGUCUGCUGGCUCUGGCAGCCCUGGCCUUUACCUGGACCUUGUAGGGGUCUCCUGCCUAGCUGCCCAGCAAGCUGGCCUCUACCACAAGGGUUCUCUUAGGCAUGUAGGAUCCUGCAGGGGGUGGACAAACUGGAGUCUGGAGUGGGCAGAGCCCCCACGAAGCCCAGGAGGGCAUCCAUACCAGCUCGCAGCCCCCUGUUCUAAGGGGGAGGGGAAGUCCCCUGGGAGGCCCCUUCUCUCCCUGCCAGAGGGGAAGGAGGGUACAGCUGGGCUAGGGAGAACCUGACCCUACUCUCUUGCCCUGGAUAGUUUAUUAUUAUUAUUUUGGGGUCUCUUUUGUAAAUUAAACAUAAAACAGUUGCUUC